AUGUCGGUGGAAGAUUACAGCGCCGCGCGACGGGGGAUCCUCCAGGAUGUUGCCAACGUCCCGACCACAGCUACACAACCAGUUUCAGCACACGACGAGGAGCCUUUCGAUUUCAAGGUUGAUCUGGUAGACAUUCGCGAGAAAGAACAAUGGGGAGAUGCGCCAUUGAUUACCUUAACCCCCAACCGACAUCAAGCUAAAUCCAGCGUCUCAGCCAGAUAUGAGGACUAUAUCCUGGUUCUGCGGAGAAGAUUCAACAUGUUGGGCGAACGACAAUCGACAGAUCUUGAAGUUCGAUCACCCCAGAUACUAAGGGCCUUCCGCAAUGUCUUGGGAGAUCAUCCCUCAAUGAACUUCGAUUCUGAUUUCGUCGCCAUCUCCAAGCCGUACGCACCACUGUUUCAUUACCGCAAGGAACUUCGAAGCUAUGCUUCCGACAAAUCAAGGACAGUGGUCGAGAAAGAGCACUUGGAUGUGCUAAUUAAGUUCAUGGACAAGAAUCUGUCGCAGACCGAACGUGAUUACGGACAUUCUGAACCCUACCAAAUGGUCUCUUAUCCUCUGCUCUGGACACUCUUCAGGCCGGAAGAGGUGAUCAUUGCUCAAGGCGAUCACUUCGACGAGUGCUACACUGUUGACACUUGCGAAUACGUGCCAGAAGUGCGUCAAGGCACUGACGACGACUUGACACCGUAUUUCAAGAUUGAGGCUAAAAGAUGGGACUAUAAUGGCACACGUUUCGGCAUGUGUACGGAGAAACUCAAGAUCAGGGAAUUUCCCACUCCGGUCAAAAUCGAUACCUUGGUGGUGUACCCAAUACGAUUUCACAAGAAGGAAAAUACGGAAACCCUAAGAGAAAGGCUGAUACAGCGCGGAAGGAAGUGGAGAGAAAUCUUGGAGAAAACUCACAUGCAUUAUAAUGCAUUGGCUUGGUCGGAGCCUCCUCAUGAACGCAUUGUUCAUGUCGACAAAUUGAUACCAGGCCAUGUUUCGGGGCGGGUCAUGUUAGACUACGAGACACACGCACAAGCUACACCGCGUCUUGCGACGUUCCUUUCUACGUCGGGCGCAACAAUGGACUACGACGAUGGAUAUACAGUCAACAAAGACUACGACAUGAUCGAAGACCAAAGCAUGGCGCGCAUGGCUAGUGAUAAGGAAGACAGGUUCAUGUCUCAUCUCAAUACCCCAGCUUACAAAAUCUCUGAUGACCAAGCCCUUCUCACCCCUGCUAGAGUAAGAGGAUACUCUUUUGUAGAAAAGAUAUGGGCUUUCUUCUUGGUCGAUGAAGUACGGGAUAUUGAAUGGCAUCCAAAUGCAUUUGAGAGCCUCGAACUGGAUGUUAGAAUGAAGACUGCAAUCCUCGCGAUGGUUUCGGCACAUCAAAACCAAGAUGACUUCGAUGAUAUUGUACCGGGCAAGGGCAAGGGUCUUGUCUUCCUCCUUUAUGGCAAGCCGGGACUCGGCAAGACUCUGACAGCAGACAUCGAGCAGACGGAUGUCCAGCUUCGUACCAUAUUCACCCGAGCAAAGGCGUGGGACGCGAUCAUAUUGCUCGAUGAAGCAGACGUGUUUCUGGCUAAAAGGACCGCAACCGAUCUCAAGCGAAACGCUUAUGUUUCAGUGUUCCUUCGCCUCAUCGAAUAUUACAAAGGCACCAUGUUCCUGACAACGAACCGUCUCGAGGACUUUGACAAGGCAUUCGAAUCUCGGAUUCAUCUAACCAUUCGAUAUGAAGCGCUCGAUAGUGCCCGUCGUACUAACAUCUGGAGAAACUUUUUGAGGAAAGUCGGGUCUGGAAGUUGGGACGAGGCAACAUUGUCGCGUCUCGGAUCAGAGUACGUACUGAAUGGUCGCGAGAUAAAGAAUCUGCUUAGGACUGCUCUUGCAAUUUCGAAAUACGAAGAGAAAGAGCUCUCGGAGGAGUUGAUCCGGAGAGUGUUGGACCUUUCGAGGGAGCAUCUGAUUGGGGACGGUUCCGAGUCGAUGCUCAGCCCGAACCAGAACUAUGUUCCAGCCUGA